AUGACACCAAACUGUUCACUUUGUCAAGCCAUCUCAGCUCACAAUGACUUGUUCCCCACCAAGUUUGAAAAUGGGAAGAUUGAGUACAAGAUAAGGUACAAGGGGAGAUCAAGGCCAUUCUCUAGAGCCAAGGCCUUGGUGACUUCAGAACAGUCCAGGGACCCAACCAAGCUAAAGGAGCUUCUGUCUCAAGUCCUCACUAUCACCCUUGAUGGUGUCAAAGGAGCCAGCUCGACCGAUAGCUCGAUCGAGCUAGAAACCAGGGCAACUCGAUCGAGCUACACAACUCGACCGAGAGGAUAUGUCUACUCUGAGGAACAGUCUGAGAGUGAGAGGCUGAGGGAAGAAAGGAGAACCAAGAAGAGGAAUGACCCUAUAAGUAGUGAGAGUGAGCAAGGAGAGUUUGAGAUUGGAGUGAACCUUGUUCAAGAGGAGGGAAAUGGUUCUCCAAAUGAGGAAGGCAGUGAGGAAACUGAGAGUGAUGAGGAAGGAGAAGAGGUGAACCAAUUGGUUGAUGAAGAUGACCAAGAGGGGAACCAAGAUGAGCCAAUGGAAGAGGCUGAGGAGAGCAAGAGGAGGAUGAGCUCCCCAUGUACCAAGAGCACUACAAUGCUCUCUUCUCCAUGGACUUUGUGGAGACCAAGUACCCACAUGAUGACACCAUGA